GCUCUUCUUUAAAUACUGACAAUUCUUCAUAUAAUAUUACGCCUGAUAAUUCUUCAUAUAAUAUUACGCCCGAUACUGAUAAUUCUUCAGAUAAUAUUACACCCGAUACUGAUAAUUCUUCAUAUAAUAUUACACCUGAAAUUGAAUCUCUUAUACCAUCUGCAACGUCGAUACCAUCCGUAUCAUUAAUACCAUCUGUAACAUCGAUAUCAUCGGCACCAGCACAUAUUCCAACACAAAAUCAAAAAUUAUUCAACCUUAUUCUCCGAAAUGAAACGAGGUCACCAGAUGGAUACAUAAGAUCGGUUCUUACAGUAAACAACGACUUUCCAGGUCCAACUAUUAUAGUAAAUAAAGGUGAUAGAGUAAAAAUAAAUGUUACAAAUUUAUUAGGUGUUCCAACGAGUUUACACGUGCAUGGAAUCGAAAAUUUUAAUCCGUUCAUGGACGGAGUUCCUUUUGUUAGUCAAUGUCCAAUUGAGAAUGGUUCCAGCUUUAUUUAUUCAUUUGAUGCACUUAAGAGUGGAACUUACUGGUAUUAUUCAUCUUUCGAAACGCAACGAAUUGAUGGUUUAUACGGUGCAUUCAUUGUAAAAGAUCAGAAUGAUCAAACAUUAUUCAAUUAUCAAAAAGAAAAUUUUGUUCUUUUGUCUGACUGGUAUCAUAAAAAAGGUUCAGAGCUAUUGGAUUCUUAUCAAUUUGGUAGCAACAAUUCUUCCAUGAUCGAGCCAGUUCCGAAAAAUACAAUAAUAAACGGAAAAGGUGUAUUUAGUUGUAAAAACUAUAAAUCCAAUGAUCCGAUGAGAAAAAAUUGUUAUUCAUAUCUUGGAUCCAUUGAAUUCUUUUAUUUUGAACCUAACAAAAGGUAUCGACUUCGAAUCAUAAAUACCAGUGCGAUGACUUCAUUUUUCUUCUCAAUUGACGGUCAUACUCUUCAAAUAGUAGAAGUCGAAGGAACGUUAACAAAACUUUCAAAACCUUAUCAUCGUAUUCCAAUUCACGUGGCUCAAAGGUAUUCAAUAAUUCCAACUCGAUUACCUAAAUUUAUAAGCACAUCAAGUUUCCUGAUUAGAGGUGAAAUCAACAAAAUUUCAUUUCAAUCAUCCGCUUUGGAAAUUGGAAAACUUAAUGAUGUAAUAGCUAUUUUGAGAUACGAUACACAAGAUCCUGAGUAUCCCACCACUUUUUCUUGGAGUUAUUAUAAGAAUAGAAAAUAUGGUAAAACGAAAUACUUUAAAUUGGAAGACAUGGAUUCACUGGAAUUGGAACCUUUAAUUGAAGAAAAUAUUCCAGCAUCUACUAAUUUAUAUGAAAUGACAAUGAUUAUAUCUCGAUUCCAUAAUGUUACCGAUAAUGUUACGAAUAACGUUACGAAUAAUGUUACGAAUGACGUUACGAAUAAUGUUAUCAAUAAUGUUACCAAUAAUGUUACCAAUAAUGCUACCAAUAAUGUUACGAAUGACGUUACGAAUAAUGCUACGAAUGACGUUAUGAAUAUGGCCAAUCAAAACAUUAAUGUAUAUAACCAAGAUGGUUUAAUUGAUGGUGCUAUAUAUUCAUCAAUUUGUUCAGAGGCUAGAGGGACCUAUGUUUAUCAACCAAAUAAAACUACAUCGACUAUUAAAGAAGUUUUAGAAGGGAGGUUAAAAAAGUUUGAUCAUUAUUGGAACGCCUAUGUGUUUAAAAAGAAUAAUGUUAUUGAUUUUCUUUUAAAAAACAAUCAUACGAUUGAACUCGUAUUCCAUCUGCAUGGUCAUAGUUUUUGGGUUCUUGAUAGAGGAAAUGAAUCCACUCCCUAUAACAGUGAAAGAUUAUCAAAUACGACUAGCCCUAUAAACCGAGAUACAGUGACUGUACCAGCCUUAGGGUGGACACUGAUUAGAACUAGAAUUAAUAAUCCUGGAAUUUGGGCUUUUGAAAAUCCAAUAAUGUGGCACUUGAGAACAGGAAUGAUGGGUCAAAUUGUUGAAUUACCAUCAAAUUUCAAACAAUUAAUUCCGCCUACGGAAUGGUGUAAUUUGUGUCAAGAUUAUAAAUUAGAUAUUUGUGAUAACGAAAUGUUUUAG